CAUGUAGACAAGCAGAAACCCCAGAUAAACUCAGAGCUCCAGAUUAAAAAGGUGAAGAAAAAGAAGAAGAAACACAAAGAGAGUGAGAGAGAGAAGGAGAAGUGGAAACGUCCCAAGAUGUACACCAGGUCCAGCCAGACCGUGUGUGCUGGUCUCCUCUCUGAGCUCCAUGCAGGCCUGGCCUCCAAACAACAGCCUCACCACCACCACCACCACCACGGCCACACAGAGUUCAAACCCCCGCUCCCCGUCCACCACCACCACACCUCCACCACCUCAUCCAUCAAACAGGAGAACUGCUACAGCCCCUCUCCAACUCUGUCCCUCUCCAAGCCCCUAUGGAGCAGCAGCAAUAGCAGUAGCAGUAGCAUUAGUAGUUGGGACCCAGCUUCCCCUAUGACAUCCCCCCUUCAGAUCCCCCAGCCACGGUGCCCCCAGCCUGGCUUUGAGAACCUGGAGUUGGCCCGCUUCAUCCACGUGGAGGAACAACCCAACGGAGGAGCCCUGGUGGCACACGCCUACUGCAGCGAGCUCUCGGCCCUGUCUCCAGCGGAGAUGCAGCAGUUCGCCCAGGAGUUUGUUACCCUAGCCUUCAGCGAGGACACGUCAUCCCAGGCAGCUCACUACGUCAUGGGCAUCAUCCACGGGGCGGCCUCCUACCUGCCAGACUUCCUGGACUACUUCUCCUGGAAGUUCCCCUCGUCGCCGGUCAAGAUGGAGAUCCUGGGGAAGAAGGAUAUAGAGACCACCACCAUGCUCAACUUCCACAAUCAGAUAAGCAGGAUCGGUCCUGGUCGGUCUGUUGAUGGGAGACCAGAUGCUGGAAGUGGUGUUGGAAGGCUAAUAUGAGGAACACUUUCCUCUGGGCUGAAAAAAAAAAUAUCCCAAUUCCCCAGGGCAGUGAUUGGGAACAGUCACAGGGUGCUGUCUUUUUGAUGGGAUGUUAAAUGGGGGUCACGACUCUCUAUGGUCACUAAAGAUCCCAUGACACUUAUCAUAAGAGUAGGGGUGUUAACCCUGGUGUCCUGGCUAAAUUCCCAAUCCGGCCCACAUACCAUCACGCUCACCUAGUCAUCCCCAGUUUCCAAUUGGCUCAUUCUUCACCCCUGUAACUAUUCCCCUGGUCGUUGAUGUAAAUGAGAAAAUAAAACCUGCAUGAAAGUGUGUUCAUCACUAAUCACACACGUCUUUGUUGAAGAAAAACAGUACAAGGUUUAUGUUGAGUUCUAACUAGAGAGAUUUAGCUGAAUGAAUACAAGCAACAAUCCUCAUUCAUUGUAAACAGGACCAGUCCAACGUUUGGACACACCUACUCAUUCCAAGGUCUUUAUUUUGUUUUUUACUAUUUUCUACGUUGUAGAAUAAUAGUGAAGACAUCAAAACUAUGAAAUAACACAUAUGGAAUCAUGUA